GGCGAAGCGAGAGCUGCUAGCGAAAAUGAACCGCUCAUUUUUAGUAGACACGUUGAUCAGUGAUUCGAAAGACUGCAAGAAGACCGACAUGACCAGUGAUCCUCUACACGCGUAUACCAAUCUAAUGAACCACCAUUUGGAUACGAGGCCGAAGUUUCUACCAUACCCAUACCCAGGAAGUUUGAACCUGCUGAGUUUGGGGCUACAGCAUCAACAAAGGACGCCAGAUUUAUUCAGGCCUUUUCUAGAACACCUAAACUUUCGCUACCCCUUAAUGCAUCAGCUGCCACGCCAACCGGAACAAUAUGAGCCAAGUGAUAAUCGACAAACUGAUGGCUAUUUGAAAUUAGAGGAGCCAGAGGCCGUUAACUUCGUAAACCGAAGAAAGAAGUCCGUAUCACCGUAUUUGCAUCACCCUUAUAAACCAACGACAUCACCAUCAAAAAGCCAAGGACAACGAUCACCAUCCCUAUCAAGUGAAAGUAGAACUGGUACUCCAAGCCCACCUCUAGCUCACCCCGAAGAAUUACUACCGGGUUACUCCAAAGAAUUGAAACGGUUACCACUUAAAGAAGAUUCUAGCAAACGCAUACGAACCGCUUUUACUGGCACGCAACUUUUAGAAUUGGAGAGAGAAUUUUCAAUGAACAUGUACCUUUCGAGACUGAGGCGAAUUGAGAUCGCUUCGAGAUUGAAGCUGUCGGAAAAGCAAGUGAAAAUUUGGUUCCAAAACCGUCGCGUUAAACUAAAGAAAGAGGAAAGUCCAAUGUCCAAUGAUGGGAGAAGUAAGAAGUGUUGCUGUACCAAAGCCUCGUGCUCCAAGAAUAGUUCUUCGUGUGAAAAUGAACAAGAGCAGAUUGAUGUGGUCAGUGAUAAUGAUACUAAUUUUGCUAAUGAGGCUCAGAAUUUGUCGCGGUACUCAUGAAUUUAGUUUGUAAAUUAAAUUAUUGUGGUUUCAGCGUAUCGAUAUUUAGUUCUACAAUUUAAUUGGAUUAUUAUCAGUGGUAGAAUGAUGAAAACUAAUAAGAUUUGACUUUGACUUGUCAGUA